ACGAGAGCGGAGGACGCACUGCAGCCUUCUUCGAGCAAGGGAAAAAUAUCGAAAGGAAAUAAAUCUACAAGCCGAUCUGCAAUCGAUAUUCGCCAGGAUCUCUCAAACGAUUUGCGCACACACACACACACACACAUACAUAUAUAUAUAUAUAUAUAUAUAUAUAUAUAUAUAUAUAUAUAUAUAAAGAUAUAAAAAAUAAUCAAAGUCGAGAGAAAAAGAGAGGUUAUAUAACAGGAAGAAAACGUCAGUGGCUGUAGCUUUCUCACUGACUAGUGUGAGUCAUUGAUAAAUGCACAGACAUCCUUAACACUGUUGCAUGAAUGGACUGGAAGUUGAGCGAGUCUGCGCUUGACUCUCGAACCGAAACCCAAUAAUUUCAACCAUUUCGAGCGUCAUAGGAACUAUUCCUGGCGUUUAUCGCUAUAACAAGAUACUUUCAUAGCGUUUCUCAAGAGAGAAUCUCAAUGCUUCAGGCCUGAGAUAUCUACGGCCUCUUGCAGCGCGUCUACUCCGCAGUUUCAGCUCUUUACGGUACGGUAACCGCUAUUUUACUAAUGCUCGAUAAGUUCAAACCCGUGCAUUUGUAUCCGGUCAUGGCUAUAAGCAAGACAGUAGAGUUUCUGAAGGAGCAUCUGGUGACGCGCAAGGACUGUUUGCUGGUUAUGGACUGCCGAGCGCAAGAGCUAUACGAGUCGUCGCACGUCGAAACGGCCAUUAAUGUGGCCAUCCCGAGCCUCAUGCUCCGGCGACUGAAAAAGGGCAACCUGCCCAUAAAGUCUCUGCUUUCUAAUGGGGAAGACCGUGAGAGAUUCGCGCGGAGGUGCAAGACGGAUACUAUCGUGUUGUACGACGAGUACAGCCGAGAGUGGAAUGAAAAUAUCGACGGCGGCUCCGUGUUGGGUUUACUGCUGAGGAGAAUGAAGGACGAGGGCUACACAGCUUUCUAUCUUGAGGGUGGUUUCAGCACAUUUCAAGCUGAAUAUCCCACGCUGUGCGAGACGAACCUCGACGGUUCAUCCAGCAGCAGUUCACCGACCUCCCAAGUCCUCGGACUCGGAGGGCUUCGGAUCAGCUCUGACUCUUCGGACAUCGAGUCGGAUAUCGACCGAGACCCGAGCAGCGCCACCGACUCGGACGGCAGCCCCCUUUCCAAUCCUCAGCCUUGCUUCCCAGUGGAAAUCCUGCCGCAUCUGUAUUUGGGUUGCGCGAAGGACUCCACGAACCUGGAUAUUCUGGAAGAGUUUGGCAUCAAGUACAUCUUGAACGUGACUCCUAAUCUGCCCAACAUGUUCGAGAACGCAGGAGAGUUUAAGUACAAGCAGAUUCCCAUCUCGGAUCACUGGAGCCAAAAUCUCUCCCAGUUUUUCCCCGAAGCCAUCAGCUUCAUUGAUGAAGCCCGUGGACAAAAAUGUGGCGUGCUUGUUCACUGCCUGGCAGGUAUCAGCCGCUCCGUCACUGUGACGGUAGCCUACCUCAUGCAAAAGCUCAACUUGUCCAUGAACGAUGCUUACGACAUCGUCAAGAUGAAGAAAUCCAACAUCUCCCCUAACUUUAACUUCAUGGGCCAGCUCUUGGACUUUGAGCGUACUUUGGGCCUCAAGAGUCCUUGUGACAACCGCAUGGCAGCUCCAUCCCCAUUGUACUUCACCACACCGACCAACCACAAUGUCUUUCAGUUGGACCCACUUGAGUCCACGUGAGGUUUUGCCACGGCGACCCCCUUUUGGCUCUCUAAAAGUGUUUGAAACAUGGGUUUCUUUUUUUGAUGCCUGUCAAGGGGUUCCUCGUGUUAUUGAUAGAGUUGGCUUGAGAUGACUGCGGACCAGAGUAGCCACUGAUGGGUCAUGUGGUGUGCCCAGAGCUUAUAAGCUGCUGUUUAAUGGAGAGAGAACAGACAUUAUCUGGGACUCUGUUUCUCUAGGACUCUAUCAAUUAGUUCUUGAGAUAUAUAUAUAUAUAUAUUGAAGCAUGGAAAGACUGGCAACUAUGGAAAGAACUUAUUUGGACAUUCAAUUUACUACAACUGGGGCUGGUGUGCCAAAGAGACUUUACUGGAACUGAACAAUUACAAAUACUCCUUGUUUUGAUUAGCACUUGCACCUUCAAAUUUUUUAAGGUGUGCUCUAACUUGUCUUCAAUGAAGACUUGCCUGUUUUGGGACGAUAUUCCCUCGGUAAUGAUGGCAGAGUAUACUGUACUCCAACUUAUUUGCGUGGAGAAAUUUUUUAAACAUUGAUACAUGUGAAUAUUAAAGAUGUUUGUAAGCCUUGCCAUAGUAAGAAAUAUAUAUAUAUAUAUAUAUAUAUAUAUAUAUAUAUAUAUAUAUAUAUAUAUAUAUAUAUAAAAUCUGUUGCAAAGGAAAGGCUGUAGAUUUUCUUCUUCUUUUGUUCUCCUUAUGUAGCUGAACUGAAUAUUGAUCAAUAUUAUCUUUAUCGAUGAUUUACAUGCCAAAUAUGUUAACAGGUUUUGCAAGAUUAUUAAUGUGUAUAUGUAUAUUAUAUUUCUUUAUUUUGCUUUAUGGAUACAUUCAGCCUUUCUCAGCUAUUUAACCACCAACACAAAUCAAAGUCAUCGCUGUUUCUUGCCUUAGUUCUGUACAUGAAUUGUUAUUGUGCAUUAACUUUCAAGAGCAAUUCCCCAGACUGGACUAUACAAAUUUGCACGCUCAGAGGGGUAGCCCAAACUUGUGUGUGUAUGUGUAUAAGGCAUUCUUCAAAUGCUACUUGGCGGGGUUUCAAGAUGCAUUCUCAUGUAGGACCCGUUCAACUUUAUACUACUUGUUUUGUUUUUAUCUGGGGACAUCUAAAGGUAAAAGCAAGUAAUGCUGAUUUUUGUGCAAGGAAAUGAGGUCUGUGAGAGAUUUUUUGUCUCUCCUCUUCAGGAAAGUUCUGUGACAAUUUUUUGUGAGAGAAGUGACUGAAAUGGUUUUUAGCUGGUUUUGUUGUCAAUCAAAGGGUAAGGCCUGUUUAGGGGAGGGAAUUUUUACAUAACCACUCCCCCAAAAUUACGAAUGUAAAGAAAUGAUAAGUUAUUAAUAAAUUGCUAUUUUGUCUAUUCA